CGUUUCAUGUCAAAAUUAUUACCUUUUAUCCCUCGCCAAAUGUAUGCUCAAAUACGCAACCUCCGCGGAAUCUCCACGAAAUUCCAUAAAAAACAUCCAAUACCCGAGUUCACUGAUCACAACGAUCAUCGAUAAUCGCACGGCCCAGCAUGACCCCACUGCUUUAAAACAUGGCAGUGUUUCAUCGAGACGUGGCAACCGGAUAGGUUUCUAUCGAGGUUCCUCAGGUCUUGUUAAGUUCCCAGUGCAAAGACCAUUAUGGCCCUCCAGGUCAGGGGACCAGUUAUCUGGCCUCUGUCAUCAGUUUGGGCAAUACUCAAUAGUGCAAUUUGUACAGUACAGGCUCGUGUUACCGGAUCCGCAAUAUGUCAUUUGCAUUUCCAUCUCGUUGAUUCAUUUCUUUUAGAAAACCUCACUUGUGUAUUGUUAUCUUGGGGCCCUGCCCGGGCCAUUGACUAUCGGACCACAAACCCUAUCCCAGCAGCUGUCGGAACGACGCCGAGGCAAGUAUCUGAUUAUGUGCGACACGGACAUGGCGCUCGCGAUCUUGCAGGUCCGCUACUGCAUGUGCGGGACCGACGCCACGACAACAUGAGCUUAGGAUUGAUUAUUAGCACCCUUCUAUUAACCAAACCAUCGCAGAGUCGUGUGUCAUUGUACGAGAACAGGUUACGACCUCUGCAAAAUCUUCCUCUAGUACAUCAACUGGAGAAGGUCUUUGCAGAUGUGAAUUAACCUACAGCUCGAAUUAAACAUUAACACUCGACAUCGUAUGUGAUCCACAGCUCGUCUAUUCGCAACACGGCA